CUGGACUGGUAAUGUUACCUGACCGCCUGCCUUUCAUUGGUUCAUCUGGGACUAAAUCAACAGCCAAGCCAACCCCCUCCUCUCCAGGUCUCUGGCACCCCCACCAGUCCAGUCGCAGAAAGCGUAACAGACAGCAGAAGACUUCUUUCUCCUCUGACACUCACCCUCAUCCAGGACCCUCCUCCAUCCUCCUCUCAGACGCCACCAUGACUCCUUGGGGAAGGCUGGCUCUAUCUGAGUCCUGCUUUGACUCAAUUCCCAAAAUACUUACUCCACGACCCUCUCCACCUCCACCCCCAGCCUCUCCUGUUCCCGAGCAAAUACCGUCAGCUACCCCAUAUCAUGGCAGGAGACAAGAAGAAGACAAAGACAGUUCAGGCUCAAGUUUUAACUCUCAAAUUCCAUCUCCACCUGUGGCAGUCACGCAAAACAGCGCAGGUGGAGCAGCUAAAGAUUUGCAGCUGAGGCGGAGGGUGUUGCCUCAGUGUCGGCUUCCUCGUGCCCCCCGUCUCCCACCGCUUCACCCCGUCACUGACCUCAGUUUCUCUCGGAGCUUCACUUUCUCCUUCUUCGAGCUGCCGCUGCACCAGUCUCCUCGCUGGCGUGCCGAGCGUGUCAAAAACCUCUUAUUGCUUUUGAAACAGAUACACUACUGAAGACGCAGAGCUGCGUGU